UAAAUAUGGAAGCAGGGUUUUGGUGUGUGCCCUUUGGAAAGUGUUUAUCCCUUCUUCCCUCUCCAUUCUCCAAAAUCAUGAUGAUUCAAUAACCCAACAACAACACUUUCCCCCUUUUUUUUUCUAACGCCGAAGCCUCAAGUUGUGUUCUCUCUUCUCGCAAAGCAAAAACAGAUAGGGUUUUAUUUCCUGGAGAUUUUUUUAUAACAAUGAUUGUAUCUGGGUUGAGUGGUAGUCUCUCAAGAUGCCCCCAAUUACCUCCUCGUUGCCUUGAAUCACGCCAUGUUCGGGUCAUGUCAUUUUCUGUGGCUGGUAAAUGUAUACAAAGGACAGCGUUUCCCAGUGUGGAAAGAACAAGUUUUUCAUCUCCUAGAUUGAAAUGCAAUAGACGACAAGUUCAAUUGGUCAGAAGUGCCAUGGAUGCUUCAUUUGGUGAUAUGUCAAAUGAUUCUGCCGCUGUUUUCCCAAGAAUUAAUGUGAGCGAUCCAUAUAAACGACUUGGAAUAAGCAAGGAAGCUUCUGAAGAAGAAAUUCAAGCAGCUAGGAACUUCCUGAUUCAGAAAUAUGCAGGGCACAAGCCAAGUGUAGAUUCAAUUGAGUCGGCGCAUGACAAAAUAAUCAUGAAGAAAUUCUACGAGCGCAGAAACCCAAAAAUUGACAUCAACAAAAAAAUUAGGGCAGUCAAUCAAUCCCGAUUCGUUCAGGCUGUCAGAGGCAGAUUUCACACUCCAUCCACCAUAUUCAUUAUAAAAACUUCACUGGCAUUUUUGUUACUUGGUGUUCUGACCGUUCUCUUUCCAACUGAGGAAGGACCAACACUUCAGGUUGCAAUAUCUCUGUUUGUCACUACGUAUUUCGUAUAUGACCGGCUGAAGAGCAGGAUAAGAGCUUUUCUUUAUGGGGUUGGAGCAUUUAUCUUUUCGUGGCUGUUGGGAACCUUCUUGAUGGUGUCAGUAAUUCCUCCCAUUCCUAUAAUUAAGGGACCAAGGGCAUUUGAAGUGAUCACAUCGUUGAUAACAUAUGUUUUAUUAUGGGUUUCAUCGACAUAUCUUAUAUGAAGGCUAAAGCUAUGUAUCUCAAUCUGAAUACUGGGUUUUUAGCAGAAGACUAGUUUUUGUAGCGCAAGUUUACAUAAUGUUAUGCUUUUUUGUUGAAUCAGGAUUUGUUUUUUUUGCUGUAUACAUUUUUGUAUGAGUAUACAUACUGGAAUUUUAGAGGCAUAUAUGCCGUUUUGCUUCCAAAUUUACGUACGUCAGACAUGUCCUUAUUUUGACAUGAGUAUGACCAAAGCUAUUCUAUUCUUGUUGCCUAUACUAUCAUAGUUAUUGACUUGUUUGUUUAUACAAA